AUGGAUUUGCCCAAAGACAGUGAAAUUAUGAUUAAAUCGCUUGACUGGGAGCUUCGGGGUCUUAUUCAGCCAAGUACAACAAUCGAUUGGAGAAAAGUCCUCGUCCUUUUCUUUUUUUCCGCUUUCCACACUCAAAUAUUCCAUACACAUAUUGCAAUAUUGAAUGCUCUGCCUGCGGCGCUACAAGGAGCAGGGACAUGACGCGGAAUAAGCAGAGGGAUACGCCCCCUUCGAGCCUAGGAUAUUCUAUAUGGUGAUGCUGGUGCAGAUAUAGCACUCGCACAUUGGCACAUAAAAAGCGAGCUGCGCUAUAUAUAGAGGAAAUAAAAUAAAACUCACAAUGA